AUGGCCCCCAAACCCAUCAUCCGGGAUCCAAACCUUAGCAUCACGGCGGCGAUCGCUUGGUCUACCGAGUUUGCCCGACGCUUUGUAGAGAACCCUCCUCAGGGAGCACCGAUCUACUUCCUUGAGAAAGGGGAAGCCCUACUUGGCCUCGACGAAGCCAUUGCCCUGAGCUUCUCAUUGCCUCCUUCCAUUGACAGAGCGUCUAUCGUUGCAGCGGCGUGCGUAUGGAACAGCGCCACCAACACCUUCGACUUCCCCUUCAAGCAGACGGGCAACUCUUUGCUGGACGUCCUUGCUAUCACCGGGCUGCCGAUCCACGCCAAGCCAUAUGCCCCAGGUUAUUUUGCCUCAACAGAGUUCACUUACAACAACAACCCGGUCAUAUGUCGUCCCUUAAAGGCCUCGUUUCCAGUUUGGAGAAACUAUUUUAUCCAGCAUGCAGAGCGGCACGAAGGAGGUAUUGUUUUCCUUGAAUAUUGGCUUAAUAAAUUUAUAUUCUGUGUUGGCGUCCAUAAGCCUAUGGAGAAGUGGACGAAGCUAGCCGUAACGCUUUACAAUGGGAUCGAAGUAGGGCUAGGGCAGCCCGUAUUGGGUGCACUUUAUCGCGCCCUUCACACACUUUCUCUGAAGCCCUUCCACCUUCCUGCCGGCCCGCUGUGGAUUUUGAAUCUAUGGCUCUAA